AUGGCUAGAUAUCUCGGCAUACCUUUUGGCGAGAAGGUGAAGCGAACAUUCUGCAUUGACGAGAAUGCCACUGUGGUCAAAGUCACGCUGGAGCUUGUGAAGAAAGGGUGGAAGCCAACAGCCACUGCUUGGCGAGAGUCUGUGAUGGCACCGACGUCUUUCCUGUUGCCCAGACGUGGUGACCUUCCUGAAGAGCGGGGCGCAAAGCGAGACUUCUCGCAAAUGGAGGCAGCUCCCUUCCACGGGCUGCCACCGCCGUCUGGACAUCCAGACAAAGUGAUCGGUGCCACGGCCAAAGCCGCCGCAAAGGCUAAAGUCGUCGUUCCUCCUUGGCAGAAGCUGAUCCCUGAGAGGACCGACUCCGAUGGCGGCUCCGACGGAGACGACGGCGACUCCGACGGAGCCGGCGGCUCCCAUGUCCUUCGAAGCAGUCGAUUGAAAGCGGAAAACAUCGGAAAACCAUGGACCCGGGAAGCAGUGGAGCUUACCAUGGCAGGGCUGCACAAAGAAGAUGAGCUUGCCGUGCGGAAACACUUGAAGGUGUUUGUUGGAGGACUUCCCGACAAAGUUGAUGAGCGCGAGGUGGAGCAACACUUUACCAAGUACGGACAUGUUGUUCAUUGCAAUGUUUGCCCUCCCAAGGAUGGAGAGAAGAACAAAGCUCCGUAUGCCUUUGUGACGUUCAGAUUUGCUGCUGAUGCAGACUGCGCUGUAGUUGACAGGCAGGAUUUUCCAGGCGUUCAGAGACAGCUGGCCAUGGGGUUUGCAACGCCUAGGAAGAAGGACACCGAUGAUGACAAGCAGAAGCAGGACUCUAUGCUCAGUGAAGUCGACCCCUGCAAGGUUUUUGUCGGUGGCAUCGGCGACAGGGAUAGUGAAGAAGAGGUUGGUGACUUUUUCUCCCAGUGGGGUCUUGUCACCUUGGUCUACAGAGAUAGAGCAUCAUGGGGCUUCGUGCACUUUGCCACAAAAGAGGCUGCUCUCCGCAUUCUAGAAGAGAGCAACGUGGUUUUUCAUAGACGGAGGUUGGACAUCAAGAAAGCGUCGGAGUCGAAGAAAGCGAUGAGCGAUGACGAGAGGUAUGACUUGGUGAAGCGCGCUAUUGCCAGGCAUUUUCACAAGAAGAGCGUGCAGAAUGCGCCUCCUCCAGGUUAUCCGCCUCCCGGGGGUUACUACCCGCCGCCACCAGCUUAUUAUGGCGCACCGCCGCCAGGCUACCCGGGCUACCCGCCCCCCAGUGCAUAUCCGCCACCGGGCUAUCCGCCGCAGUCAACGGCGUAUCCUCCCGUCUAUGGGUCGCCGCCUCCCCCUGGUGGGCAUUACGGCGCGCCGCCGCCCACUAGUGCCCCACCUCCACGGGAAGCGCUACCACCACCCGAUGAUCCUUAUCGACCUCCAGGAGAUCCAUAUGCUGCAUAUGGCAGGGACAGAGAUCCCUACGCCGGCUACGAUCGUGAAAGAGAACAUGACAGAUAUAGGCGACCGGAGGAUCCUCCGAGCCGCGACCCCUACGCGCACUUGUCAGGUGCCCCUCCUCCUGCUGGCGUGUACGCGUCCUAUGCUGUCGAUCCUAGAUAUGAGCCCAGGUAUCAGCCAUACUGA